AUGAAAACUCACCUAAAAAGAAUCGCUGGAAACGCAUUGCUAAACUAUGACGAGAUGGAAACGUUAGUUACACAGAUAGAGGCAGUGCUCAACUCCCGUCCUAUUGUUCCUUUAUCAGCUGAUUCUAACGACAACGCAUCUCUCACUCCCGCACAUUUUCUUAUUGGAGACAGCCUUACUGCUCCAGUAGAGCCUACUUUAUUGCUUACUCAGAUGCGGCAACAUUUUUGGAAGAGGUGGUCAAAUGACUAUCUUAACGAACUUCAGCAGCGUACGAAGUGGAAAACUGGAGGUUCCUCUUUGAAGCCAGGUCAAUUGGUAAUCGUACGAGAAGACGCCACCCCUCCACUGUGUUGGCCAUUAGCACGUGUUAAGGAAACACACCCAAGUUCUGACGGCGUCGUGCGUUCUGCUACGAUCCAAACCAGCAAGGGCCUUUGCAAAAGGCCAGCGACACGUUUAUGCCCUCUACCCUUCGAUAAUGAGAAUUUGGGCAACUGA